AUGGGGCAAGCAAGGAUGAGCCCGGCUCGAAACGGCAUCUCGGCUAGCUCAAUGCAGUACCGUGCUCAGCCUUUCAUCAAGCUCGCCAUCGUAGCGCUGACAGCUUUGGUCCACCUCAUCGUCCCAGUCAUCUCGGCGCCAUUCUCCUUCACAUCGAAUCACGCUCUCUCCGCUUCGAACUCAUCCGAGGCCGCACGUCACAACCACGAAGAGGACGACCCCGUCAGCGACAACCCGCUCAAGCUCACCUUCGACAUUCUCACUAUCGCCGCUCUCGUCGUCCUCGGCGGUAUCUUUGCUGGACUCACCCUCGGUCUCAUGGGUCUCGACAUGGUCAACCUGCAGGUGCUCGCUCAUUCUGGCUCCGACAAGGAACGAAAGCAUGCCACCAAGGUGCUCCGACUGCUCGAAAAGGGUCGUCACUGGGUCCUCGUCGUCUUGCUGCUCGGCAACGUCAUCGUCAACGAGACUCUGCCCGUCUUCCUCUCCGACUUUGGCGGUGGCAUCGCUGCCGUCCUCACCUCGACCCUGCUCAUCGUCAUCUUUGGCGAAAUCGUCCCUCAGAGCAUCUGCGCCCGCUACGGUCUCGCCAUUGGCGCCUUUUGCGCCCCCAUGGUUCACCUCACCAUGCUCCUCCUCGCUCCCAUCGCCUGGCCCACCGCCAAAUUCCUCGACUGGUGCUUGGGCGAAGAGCACGGCACCACCUACCGCAAGGCCGAGCUCAAGACCUUUGUCUCGCUCCAUCAACAGAUCGGCACCGAGCAUCUUCACGAAGACGAGGUCACCAUCAUCCGCGCCGUGCUCGAGCUCAACGACAAGACCGUUCGCGACGUCAUGACGCCCAUCGAAGACGUUUUCAUCAUGUCCAGCGACACCAUUCUCGACGAAGAGGGAGUCGCCAAGCUCGUCCGAUCCGGCUACUCGCGUGUCCCCAUUCAUGAGCCUGGCAAGAAGGACGCCAUUGUCGGUAUGCUCCUGGUCAAGAACCUCAUUCAGUACGACCCCGAAGACGCGCAGGCCGUCUCCAGCUUCCACCUCACUCCACUGCCCGAAGCCAGCUGCGACCUCACCCUCCUCGACUGCCUCAACUACUUCCAGCAAGGUCGCAGCCACAUGAUCCUCGUUUCGACUCACCCUGGCGAAUCGCAAGGUGCGCUUGGCGUCGUCACGCUCGAAGAUGUCAUCGAGGAGAUGAUUGGAGAGGAGAUCGUUGACGAGACCGACAUCUACGUCGACGUGCACAACAAGAUCAAGGUCGUCCGAAACCCCAGGGCCAACAGCAAUGCCGGCCAGAACUGGCAACCACUCAUCCGCGGCAUCAUCGAGCGCCGACGAAAGCUCGGCGGUCCUAUGAAGGCGCCCCUACGCAGCACCUACGGCACCAUGGGCAUGAUGGGCAACGACGGCAGCGCCAAGAACAGCACCAGCAAGUACGGUCUCCCUUCCAACAACGUUCGCGCCGUCGACAAGGUUGCCAUCAAGCGGCCCGGCUCGCCCUCGUCUCUCAACACUCCCUCUCGCAAAGCAUCCGGCUCGUACGAGCCCAGCACGCCCAUGCGUCGCGAGAGCUCCUCGUCGAUGGCCACUUCGACUGACGGCACGAACUAUCAAGACUUGCAUCGCGCCGCCGUCUUGGGUCAGGCGACUGGCAGCGCGCAGAACUCGUACACGGAGGAGCCUUUCAUCGUCGAAGUGGGCAGCCCGGACAACACGACUCGCAUCGUCAGGAUAUCCGACAUCCAAGAGUUCCCAGGCGCCGAAGCGAAAGCGAAGAGAGAUGAAGAGCGGCAACGACUGGAACAGCAGCAGGACAAGCUCAACGGGUCGCAACGCGACGACACUGAGGACGACGGAGAGAGACGACCUCUGCUGGACAAGGCGAAGAAGGUGUUGGGAGCAGACAAGUAG